AUUAUAUAUAUAUGAAAUAAUCAUACAUAAUAAGUACUAACGAAGACAUGCAUGACUCCACUUGGAGGAUGAAUCUUAUUUAUAUAGUAGGGGCAUAGAGGGCCGUUGAUGACUGACGAAAUGGGAUGGACGACGUACAGAGCCAUAGACUCUUGUUUUGAGCACAUAUUGUUUUGAGUACAUAUACAAUUACCUCUGAAAAACUAAAUCCAAUGUUUGGUCGAGUGCAAUGAUCAUGUUUUUAUUCUCUGUAUGUAAAUGUGGGUAGUAAAAUAUAUACUUCUAUAACGGUACAUAUAAAUAUAUAAUUAGGAUCAAGCUAGGAAAGACAUCAUAAUAAAUCGUAGUACAAAGGCAAGAUAAUGUUUCCUUUCAAAAUAAAUUGUACUAUAAGGCUAACUCUCCAUAUAUACAGCAACAUUUUCGGAAUCAUAUCAUGCAUGCGAAAUCACACAGUGAGCAGCACAUAUAUUUAUAGGUCCCUCAGUGCUUAUUAGUUUCAACAUCAAACUCAAAGCCUUGAGCAAAUCAACAAAGAUCAAAAGAAAGAGAUCGAUCGAAAAGCAGCCAAGAUGGCCUACGUCGCUGCAGCAGUGUUGGCAGCAGUGUCUCUCACCGCCUUGUUGUUCGCCGGCGGCGAGGCCUGCGCCAAUGUCCCGUCCAUGACAUCGACCGAGGCGUGCCAGCAGACGAACAAGUGGGAGCAGCUGUGCCAGCAGACGCUCCAGACGGCGCCGGACACCGCCGAGGUCACCGUGUUCGCGCUCGUCGCGACGAGGCUGGCCAAGAGCGCGUACGAGGACACCUUGUCGGCGCUGGACCAGAUGCUCGGCCCCGGCAACCUCCCCGGCGCUGAGCGGUUGGCCAUCGACAACUGCAAGGAGACGUACAGCACGGCGCUGAGCAAGAUGGCCGGCGUCGUGGACCACAUGUCCGCCUGCGACUUCUCGCUCGCCAGCAAGGAGUACAUCGACGCCGAGGCCGGCGUCCGUUCAUGCCUGGAAGGGCUGCAGCCGUACCAGUUCUUGCCGCUGUUCGGCAAGGUCUCUGCAGACCAUGAUUUGACCUUGGUCGCGUAUUUGCUAGGCGCUAUCAUUGUUGGCAGGUAGACUCUCUCUAGAGUAGACAGCAGCAGCGGCAGGUUUAAUUAGUUUGCGUUGCAUUGCAGACGAUCUUGUGCUUUUCAAUAAAAAAGAUAAUGAGUGGUUCAUGAUCGACUUUUGUCAUUAAUUCUGAUGAGUUAAAUUUUGUUA